CAAGAUUAUUGAUUGUCAGUAAUAAUGAAGGCAAAGUAUUUAAGCAUUAUUCGAAACCAGUUGACGCAGAUAGAGCUAAUAAUAUUAGUCUUGUAAAGUGUGAAAUUCAAAUAUCAGCUAUACGUGAUCAAAACUUUUCAAA